AUGGCAGCGUGUGACAGGGAGAUAGUGUACCAUAAGGACAGCUCCCAGGAUAUGCUUAGAUGCACUGAUAAAAACCGGAGGCCAGAAGAAGCUACUGCAUCAGGUGAUCCCCAAAAAGAUUGUCAGCGAGACGUGACACGAGAAUCAGAGUGGGAGAGAGACGGUCACAGGGAUCACCCAAAGGAUGAGGGGGAUAAGUGGAGUAAGAAGAAGAAGGCACAGCCUCCUCCUCCUAUGACACAUCCUUCUUCUCAGUCAACCUCUCGCUCUCUUGCAACCAAAUGGAAAGUGGGAGACCCUUGUAGUGCAGUUUGGUCAGAGGAUGGAUGUGUCUACCCUGCUACAGUAAAAUCCAUUGACAGAGAAAGCGGCACUUGUGUGGUCCAGUAUGAUGGCUAUGGAAAUACCGAGAGGCAUCAGCUGGAUGAAAUAGUGUCUGUGGGGAGCAGUGGGGAUAGCACCCCACCUGUCAAACAGGAUGAGGAGGAUACAGACUGGCUGUACACAAGGAGAAGUUCUACCUCUUCACCUGAUCUAUCACGUAAUUGGAGGAAACAAGGGAAGAAGUCUGAUUGGAUGUAUACUUUUCCACCACCUCCUCCGCCUCCCCCUCCACCACCUCCACCGUCAUUACCUCCUCCUCCUCCACCCAAGGGCUGUUUUUUGGCCACCACCUCCACCACCUGUGAGAGCUCACCUUCCUGCCUGGCACAAUUGGCCCCCAUCAGCUCCCCUCCCUCCACCACCGCCACCACCUCCUUUCUUCAGCACAGAUUGGGAGGACUAUGAUGAAGAAGAGCAGGAAGAUGAAGAUGUCUUAGCUUGUAUGCUGAUGGCUUGGUAUAUGACUGGGUAUCAUACAGGCUUCUACAAGGGCCUGAAGCAAGGACGAGCUGAAGCUUUGAGACCCAAUCUUAAAAAAGGACCUAGAAGAAAAUAA